AGCCGCGGAGGCGGAGCGCCAGUGUAUCCCGGUGUAGAGAGUCUGGGGCGGGACUCGCACACGCCCCCAGCGCCGGCGACAAAAGGCGAGUCUGCGCUGGGCUCCGCUCACACAAGGCGCGCAGGUGGGCAGCCGGCACCGGCAGGUGGAGAGGUGGUGAUGUUGAUGGGAUGAUCAGUCCAUAAGACGAUCACCGCACGGCUGAUGGUAACCAGGGAAGGCUGCAAGUCACAGGAUGAUGGCGAUUAUGGUCACAUGGUUUGAGGACGCCAGCUGUGUCCAGGACAACACCCUACACUACCUGUUCCUCCUGCUCUUCAAGGUGGGCCUCAAUGUCCUCAUCCUGGCCUCCUGCUUUCGGAGCCUGAGGGCCUCCUUCAUGGGGAUCAGCGGCGCCUCCCUCUGUCUGGCUGACCUACUGCUGCUGUGCUGCAUCACCUACGUGUGGCUCUGUGGCCCCGACACCGAAGGCCCCGGGUCUAUUUCCAUGUGCUUCCUACUGGCGCACGCCUCUACUAUCUACGCCUCGCUGCCGCUCCCCGUCUUGCUGCUGGGGCUCCUGGACCAUGCGCUCCAUCUGCGGCUGGGUUCUCAGCGCACGCAGACCUUGAGACUCCCCACCUGCUGCGCGGUGGUGCUGCUCGUUUGGCUGCUGGCCGCCCUCCACUCCUACUGGCACACGGACACGGCGGUGGUGGAGGUGAUGGACGAGGGCCGCCACGUGGCUCUGCUCUGUGCCGUGCGCGGCUCCUCCGUGGUGCUCGCCUUCUGCAUGGUCUUCUCCGUGGCCGUCGUCUGUGUCCUGCUGCUGUCCUGCCACAGGGCAUCGCUGUGGACUGGCCACUUGGCUACCGUCCAGCCGGAAGAUGGGAAACAGCCAAUCGAUGACGAGGGUGAGGUGUCGGUAACGCCCGGACUGGCAGCGCCGCCGGCCCGCCCCCUCUUCCUCAACCUCGCCCUGGGCUUCACCCUGAACUGGACCCCCUUCCUGAUCAUCAACAUCGCCUGCGCGCUGCUUGGCUUUGCGACACCUUCUUACAUAAUGGUCAACUUGCUCUGGCUCCUCUGUGCCAACAGCGUCAUGGUGACGACUGUCUUCUGGUACAGAGGCGGCCAGCUGGGUUAUGGGGCCGAGCUCCCAGACGACACGUGCAUGUGGAUGCUGAACUGGCACACACAGCCGGGACUAGACUGGCAAGGCACAGUGCCCAAGCACAUCUACACUGUGUCUGGCAAAGAGAUGACAGACCCCCUGCUGGUAUGACUCAAACACUGCACCCCUCAGGAAUGUCCUUGGUGUGUAAGGGAAUCCGCCAAUUCUCUCACGCUAAAAAUGGCAGCAGAAUAAAGGCAUAUAUGCAAAUAUCCAGUCAAACAUACUUGAAUUUUUUUUUUUUUUGUGGUAUUUUAAGAAGAUAAAGCGUACACUAAGUUUUCGUGAAUGUGAUGGUCAUUAUGUUCCCAGCCAGGAACUAGAAAUGCCUGUCCAUUAAAAAAUGCUGAAUUAGCACUACUGAAGGUAAUAAGGAUGUGGUGUAGUAGCUAAGGAGAACUUACUAUGUAAAUAUUUAACACCUAUUUGUUUUACAAAGAUUAAUUUUUGCAAAAGUGAACUGGUAAACUGUUUAAUAUUUAAAGCUGAGGACAGAGACAGUGCUAACUGAUAUGCAGAGAGGCUACAUUGUAAAGUUCUGUUCCUGCCAAUUUCCAUUGCUCAUUUUAAAAUGUACAGGUGUCUGUUGAUGUUAGAGAAACACAACUGUUUUUUUCCCCUUUUAAAAUCAACUUAAAGUUUGUGAAUCUGGGAGAUGAA